AUGGAGAUGGAUCAAACCCGAGUAAACGAUAAAGUGCCAGAAAUUUAUCCAGAAUUACGAAGAAAAGAUAAAAGACCCUUCUUCGGCGAAGUCACUCCUCAAGGUGAAUUAAUUUUGAGAGAAUCAGGACUAAUCUCAAUUCCUUAUCACAUUCUUGGUGAAAUAUGAGAAGAUGUAAUGCACUUUGACGCAAGAGACAACGCUAUCUCAUCUUUAGAAUACUUCCCUGUAAAUAAGCUCAAAAACAUUUUGACACUUGACCUAAGAAACAACAAAAUUGAAAUUUUGCCUGACUCUUUAUGCUCUCUGUCAACAUUAUCCUGCCUUCACAUAGAUAAAAAUUUACUUCCUGUACUUCCACAAGACAUCGGAAAACUUAUGAACCUCGAAACUCUAACAGUUGGCUGCAAUCUUUUACCAUUCGUUCCGAAUUCUAUCACAAGCCUCAGUAACUUAAAAACACUGAUUUUAAGCGAAAACAAGCUUAAAUAUUUACCCCCAGAUAUUGGAGAACUGAAUAGUUUACGGGUUUUAUACCUCCAUAAAAACUGGUUUUCAGAAAUCCCACUAUCUUUUCAAUUGCUUGAAAACUUGAAAGAAUUAAGCCUUGAAUGGUUUCGGUACGCAUCUCCUCCACUUCCAAGAAUUUUAAAAGCGCAUAUAGGCGAAGCUAUGAUUGGGAGCUUGCGUACUUUAUGCUCGAAAUUAUAUACAAAUAAAGAACGUGAAUGUAAUGUAAUCACAUUCCUGCAUCAUUUCAGCGAAGAGGAAUUUGAUAUUAAUCAAGUCGAUGCUAAAAAGCGAAGCAUCCUUCAUAUUGCAGCUGCUGAAGGCGAUUGUGGAGUGAUUAAAGGCUUAACUGAAUCAGGAGUUGAAAUUGAUGUGCAAGAUAAGGAUGGAUCGUCUCCGAUUCUAUUAGCAAUCAAAGAAGACCAUAUAGAGUCUGUCAAAAUUUUACUCAAUUCUGGAGCAGAUGUUAACGAAGGAGGAGGGCCGUUAGGUAGUCCUUUGCAUUUGGCUGCUUUUAAAGUAGAUUCUUGGCUAGUCAGAGAACUUUUGAAACGGAAAGCUGACCCUAAUUCUAAAGACUGUGAAGGAAACACUCCAAUGCACAUCAUUCUAGGGGUUUUUAACAAAAACAAAUAUAAAAGCCAACUUAUUGGAGAUAUGCUAAUUGAGGCUGGAGCCCAUCUUAACUCUUUAAACAAUGAAAAAUGGGCACCUAUUCAUCUGGCAGCUCGACGUGGCCAAUCUGAUUCAAUAAAAUGAGUAAUCCACCAAAACCAAAUUUUAGCCAAAGCUGGCAGAGAAACUUUUGAUAUAAACUUGCAAGGCGGCUCGCACUAUUGAACUCCAAUGCACUUGGCAGGACAUGCAGGGCAUUUUGAAAUUGUUCAACUCUUAGUUGAAGCAGGAGCUCAGCUGUUCAUUAGAAAUUCAGAUGGAAGAACUCCAAGGCAAUCUUCAAAAGGAGACCUAGCACUGUUCAAAUAUCUAAUAAGAGCUGAAAAAGCAGUUUUGAAUAGACAGGUGCUACAAAGUUGGCAGUCUUUUGAUAUAAAGGAAGAACCGAAAAAGAAAUGCGACAACCCUGUAAGCGAAGCUUUGAAUCCUAAUAAUCAAAUGUGGAAAAGGUAUAAUGCAAUUUAUGAGUUGAUGGAAAAUAAAAUGGUUGAUGAAUUAUCAGAAAUUGCUGAAAAAAUCGACUGCACCGUUAUCAAAGCUGAGGUUGUUUAUUUAUUAAGCCAGAUUGGGAAUUCAAAGGUGACAAAUUCGAUAUCUGUGCUUGCAGAAAGAGAAGGAGAGAGGCUAGCCUUUAUAGAGUCAAAUUAUGCACUAGACACAUUUAGAUAUGGGGGAGUGUUUUAG